AUGCCGCGGACGCAAGACUUCCUGGAUGAGCCCACGAUGAGUGACACGACGAUCCUGGUGACCGUUGAGGACCUUAUCAACAGAGCCAUGGGUCCGACAGACGCCAACGUCGUAAACUUCAAACUUAUUCAAACUAUUCUCCAUAUUCUUGCGAGACAACAGCGCAUGCUGCAGCAACGAGUUGAAAUAAGAAUAAUCGAAAUAAGAAAAGAAGAAAGAAGUAGAAGGAAGAAACAUGGAGAUGAAUCCACUGAGGAGAAAAGUUCAAUAGAAAACCCAUCGCCGGGCAUUGUUAAAGCACACAAGAGUCCGCAAAGGGGUGACAAAAAAGAUAAGCCUCCGUCGCUAGAUAUCAGAGAUAAAGUUCAGCAAAAAGAUAGAGCAGACAGAAAAGAGCAUGAACGGGAUGAAAAAAUUAAAUCAAAAGAAAAAGGAGAAAUUACGUCAUACGAAACAAAACAAAUGCAAUUGAUGGUGAAUAAAAUUGAAGAGGAAGAGGAGGAGGUUAUAAUAAAAGAAACGAAAGGACAAGGAAAGUUUAAAAAAUUGCCUCAAAAAGAAACAGAAGAAAAGGGUCAGCAAGAAUCUAAUAAAAUAUCACAAAAAGAAAAGGGAAAAUGGGAGACAGAAGAAAAAAUAGAUCAGAAGGAACCUGAUAAAAGAUCACAAAAAGAAAGGGACAAAGAAAAGAAAGCAGGGCAGCGUGAAUCAAAUACAUAUACAGAGAGUGAAAGUGAAGGGCAGCAACCUGAACCUAAAAUAGCACUAAUAAAGAUGGAUAUAGAAGAAAAAUUGGGGAAUCGUGAACCUGAAAAAGAAAGGGAAAUAUGGGGAAAUGAAGGACAGCAAAGAGAGAAGGAAAAAAAUAGAUUAGCAGAUCCAAACGUAGUAGCUCAAAAAGAACCUGAGCAAAUGAUGCAGAAAGAAAUGGAAAGAUGGGAAAAGCAAAAAAAAAUAGAGCAGAAGGAACCUCAGAAAAUGACCCAAGCAGAAAGGGAUAUAUGGAAAAAAAUGGGACCGGAAAAAACUGGGAAAAUAGCACAAAAAGAAAAAGAAAGACUGGAAAGAGAAGACAUUAAAGAAGAGCGAAGUAGACUUUAUGAACAAAAAACUGAAAAGGAACGAUCUGCGAGAGAACCAGACUUAGACCGAAAGAAAACUGCGCAGCGCAGCAACAUAGAGAUUACGGAAAAAAUAAUCGAUAACGAAAAUAUUCUCGUAGUUGGGAAAAGACCACCUACACGCCAAGAUGCCCCGUCCAGCGGCAGCAUCGCCGUGGUGAGCCGGGCACAGUUCGAGCUCCUGGAGGAUGCCGUGGCGCAGCUGAGAAGGCUCAUCUCCCCGCAGCCGCUGCAGCUGCCCGACAACAAGCAACUCAUGAGCGACGUCAUCAAGGGCACUGCCACCUUGCCGGACGCUAUGCACACCCUGCAGAUAGAUGCAAAGCUGCGGGCCGCGGAGGACGCUGUGGUGCGGAUGGCGGGUCUGUUGACCCAGCUGGCGGCCGCCGGAGAGUUGCCCGAAGAACUGCUCGAGCAGUUGGAGGCGUUAGAGCCAGCGUAUGCUGGCCUACAAGCACAGGCAGACAGAUCUCGGCCAUUGGUUGCAAAGAAAUCAGUCGCGAUUGACCCCAGAGCUGCCCGCUCGAAAGCUUCUCGCGUCAUGGAAAUGGAGCAUCACGGGGAACAGGGGACACCCGACAUGUCCCUGGCGUCGCGACCGUCGGCCAUGUCCAGAGCUUCGAGGACUUCUACGAUAUCUGCUACGGAGAGAGUUCCAUGUGUUACCCAUGAGGAUUUGAAGGUUGCUUUGAAGGACCUGAGGGACGAUAUUUUAAAAGCCAUAAACAACAUGACAGCGAGGGCCUCAACAUCAGCAGAAAAUGCUCUGCAUUUUGCUAAAGGUGUAGCUGACAAGUUAAGUGUGGCUCUGCAGCUAGACGAGCGGAUUUCGACUCUGUUCUCGGUGUUGGGCGACUACGCGGAGCAGCUAAACGGGUUUGACUCGGGGCUCACCACGCAGAUGCAAGGUUUCCAAGAUCAAAUGGCACACAUGCGCGCAGACCUCCGAGCUGGACUCGUGCAAUUGGAGAAUGUCAACAAUAACGCUGAAACUGCUGCUGUUUUGGAGCUGACGGAGCGCUGCGACGAGCUGGCGGCUGAGCUGGACAGCACGCUGACGGCGCACAAGGCCCUCGCGGCGCUGCAGGCACAGCUCGGCUGCGACAUGCGCAACUUGGUCGAGUGCAUGGAGAUGCUGCGGGAGCAAAAGGCAGAUCGCGACGAAGUUCUGGAUGGACUCAGAGACAAGGCAGACACGUCUAGACUGGCCGGCUUGUUGUCAGAAUUGGACUUUGCAGAGGCCCGCACAGACUUCGAGCGACGCAUUGACUUGUGCCAUGAAAAGUUUGAUCGCCAGGAUGAAGUGUGGCAGACAGCUAUUAGGGAGCUGAAGGCCGCGACGGACAAAAAGGCGGAACUGGUGGAGUUGCUGUCGGCGCGCGACGAGGCGCAGCGCCGCCUGCAAGAGCUCAACGACAAGAUCAGGCUCCUAGCGGCCGCGCUUGGCGAGCCUAAGACUGCACUGCUAACUCGUAAGUUAGCGGACGGUGCGACGUGCGGAUCCUGCCACGUGCGGGCACUGAUGGAGCCCUACGAGGCCGCGCACGGGGCUCCGCGUGCUCUGCCGGCGCUCCGCCCGCCGCCCGUGGGCGCGUCGCAGGAGCCCUGCAUCGCGGACUUGGUCGCUGGAGAACCUUCCGAGGACAGGCACAUCUGCCAUCGCUGGUGCGGCGGCUCGCACACGCUGGUGACGGAGUUCACGAGGCGCGCCCAGGCACCAGCCGGCCAGCUCGCGGGGCUUGCCAGGAAAUUCCAGGGGUACGGCGCCGAUGGCCGCCUGUAUAUGAUGGAGGAGGAGUGCCAGCCGUGCGUUGAGUGCAACUUGCUGAGCGAGGAGGAGACUCUACAGGUUCUGCCCGCCCCCCCCGGCCACGGCGGCGCCGGGGACAUGUCGCCCGGACGGGAACCGCCCCUGGAGUGCACUUGUCCCCUGACCGACUAG